AUGGACUUUUCAUCCGUUACUGGCAUUAAUGAUUCUCGUUCCCUUAAUACUCACGGAGAUAACAACGGACAGCAAUAUUAUCAAAGUGGGAAAGAGUGGGCAAAUGCUCAUACAAUUGGCAGAAAUCCGAUGAAUGGUGUUGGAGUUGCUGGAGAUGGUUUGGCACAGCGAAGUGCUGGAAUGAAUGUUGGAUAUGGCGGGUUGAGUGGAUUUGCCAAUGCUGGUGGCGCGAACGUUGUUAAUAGUAAUGCAAAUCAGAUUCCUAUUGCAAUGAUUAAGCAACCUUCAGUGAAAAUGCCUCCUGGAUUCACUGGUGUUAAUAAUGGCAUUGUCUCGCCUACCAGCGCAAAUGGUGAUUUUAAUACUCGUAUGCCGUUUAGUAAUGGAUCAGCAAACGUGCCCAUGACUGUGAAUACCUCGUUUACGAGGAGUAAUAGUAUUCCGGUGAUGCCGCAAAGCACUCGUGGAGACGAUGGAUAUAAUGGGAGUUCUUGGCAUCCUUUUCUUGCUACAUCCCCGCCUCCACGUAUUACAAAAACUCCUACUGGAAUCGGAGCCUUCGACUUACAGAGUCCCAUUUCUACAUUGCCAGAAGGCAGCGCAGAUCAUGACUGGGAUAAAGUGACUAGGACAGCAGGUCCAGAGGAAUCAUCAAACGAACCUGUUGUCUACCCCAAGAGGGGAAAUACGAUGCCUACUCAAACUGAGCUCAAUAAUUAUUCUGUAGUUUUAUCUACUUCUCCAAGUGGACCAUGGACAUUUUCUCCAGCUCAAUCGCAUCAAUUGAGUGAUAAUAGCAGUUAUUUUCCUCAAUUGCAGCAUGAGCAGUUUCCAAGAUAUAAUAAUACCAUAUAUAGACCUGUAAGACCAUCUACGAACAAUAAUCAAAAUAAUGGGGUUAUGCAUGAUGAAACAAGCCAUAUGAAAUUCGAACACGGUUUAGGAGGACCGCUAGACUAUUUUGAACCCGCAUCCUCUAUAAAUUCAAUAACACCAUCGCAACAACCUCAACAAGAUGAUCAAUUGCAACAAAAUCAACAACCUUUAUCACAACCGUCUCAGCAGUCUUCUCAACAGCAACAGUUGCAGCCGCAAUCCCUACCAGAUCAAUCUUCCACAUUCCGUCUUCCUUCAUGGAGCACAUCUGUUGCUUCUGAUGGCUCCCAGCGUCGUAGAGUAGACGUAAGUGACGACGCAGUAGAUGAUGAUGAAGUCAAAGGCAGUAUGGCAUUAUACGAUAAAUCAGAUAUUGACGAAAUCAUGGCCACACAUCGUGAUCCUAGUAAAUAUAUUCCUAAUCAAGAUAGAAAAGACUUUCCUCUUAAACUUGACAUUCGUGGUUUGCAGGCCCCGAAAUUAGUUGCUCCCCCAGGAUUAGAAGGGUAUCGCAGCCCUACUUCACCUCAUCCGACUGGAAUAUUGUCGUCUCCCCCAUUGAAUGCAGAUCAUAUGGAAUUUCUCAACCCGGUCUUGAAUCCAACCCUUGGUUUAACGUCUCCAACAUUGGCAAGCGUAGCUGCUAAUCAGAACAUUUUAAUUAGUCAAGACUUGACUACUGGUAACAAUCAAGCACUUACUUUAGUCGACGUGAAUGUCGCCGAUUUAUCAAACACUUUAAACAGUAUGUCACUUGCCAGUGCUUCAUCAGGAAUAGGUCCAGACAUGUCAAAAGUAGCAGGAAAUGACCUGCAAUCUGUGCAACUAGCGGCAGCAUCGAAUAAUGUUCCAAAGCAACAAGCAAAGCUUUCAUGGGCAGCCAUAGCGAAGACGGCGCCAAAGCCACCGCCAGUCAAUACCUCACCAGAGGUGCUUGGCAGUGUUACUGGAGCGUAUUCUGCUGCCAUUUCUCCUAAUCCAACGAUUUCUCCCAGUAAUGCCUAUGCCACACGACCAUUGAGUGCUCCCACUACUGCGUGGACCGGAAAAGCUAAAAUUGCUGGUACUCCAGGUAAUGGUAUUGGGGCCAUGUUUGGCCCUACAGCAGCAUCAAGUGCAAUAACGCAAGGUGCUGUUGGGCCAUUGAAUAUACCUCCUCCGCCACCUGCGAGUAGUAGCAAGAAGGAGUUAAUAGGGUGGAUUACUGCUAAAGGAUAUAAUCCGAAGACAUUCAAUAUCAAGCCUGCACAUGCGAGGUAUUUUGUCAUUAAGUCAUAUACCGAAGAUGAUGUCCACAAAUCAUUGAAGUACGACAUAUGGGCAAGUACAGAGAUUGGUAACCGUCGCUUAGAUAAAGCGUUCCGAGAAAGUGCUGACAAAGGGCCAAUAUAUCUUUUCUUCAGUGUCAACGCCAGUGGACACUUUUGCGGCAUGGCUCAGAUGCUUACACAUGUCGAUUAUACUACUAGCAGCAGCGUAUGGGCACAAGACAAAUGGAAGGGCGUAUUUAAAGUCAAAUGGAUAUUUGUCAAAGAUAUUCCUAACGGCCAAUUAAGACAUAUUCGAGUUGUCAACAACGAAAAUAAGCCGGUAACUAAUAGUCGAGAUACGCAAGAGCUUUAUCCGGAUCCUGGCCGCGAAAUGUUAAAGAUAUUUUUUGAAUAUCGUAGCAAGACAUCCAUUCUUGAUGACUUUGAAUUCUACGACAAACGUCAAGUGGAAAUGCGAAAAGAUGGCAUUGCACCGUUAAUUGGACCUACUAGUCCUGGACCAGUCACUGGUAAUCCAUACGCUAACUUACCAGCCAUCGCUGGUACUAGCCCCAACACGAACAUUGGAAAUAUUGGCAUAAGUGGGAAUGGCAAUAAUAAUGCAGGGAUAAGAGAAGGGGAAAACGAGAGAAUAAGCACGACUGCGAAUACAAUGAUUAUGGAGAAUAGUGAGGAGGACAAUUAA